GUCGUCUUCAUUCAUUUUUGAAUUAGCCACGCUCAUCAACAGCUAUGCUCUCACCCAGCAAGAAAGACGCAGAUUCGCAGUUUAUCCAAGUGGAGACCCCAAAAAUCGGUAACGCACCCCAGUUCACGUUAGCGUGGAGCCAUGUGACCCUGAAGGUAACGACCGCGAGCAACGAGUCCAAGCGCAAAGAGGAGAAGGUUAUCCUCAAUGACGUCAGUGGAUCUGCUCAUCCGGGUCAACUACUCGUUAUGAUGGGACCUUCCGGAGCUGGUAAGAGUUCUCUGCUGGAUUGUAUCUCGGGACGUAAGGAUGUCCGAGACGGACUGGACGGAAGUAUCACCGUCAACGGUCAACCAUGGACCAAGCAACUCAAGCAGCAAACGUCCUACGUCGUGCAGGACGAUCUCUUCUACGAGACCAUCACAGUGCGCGAACACUUGGUGUUCCAGGCUCAACUUCGAAUGGGCAAAUACGUCUCGUUUCAUGACUGUAAGAAGCGCGUUGACGACGUCAUGGAGCAGUUAGGAUUGAUUAAAUGUCGCGACACCCUGAUCGGUGGAACUUCCCUGCGUGGUAUUUCCGGUGGUGAGCGAAAGCGUUUGUCGUUCGCCACUGAGAUCCUGACCAACCCGUCGCUACUAUUCGUCGAUGAACCAACCUCUGGCCUCGACAGCUUCAUGGCUGAGACCGUAAUGAGGCAGCUACAGGAAAUCGCUCGUGACGGUAACCGUACCGUCAUCGCCACAAUCCAUCAACCGUCUUCGGAGCUGUUUACGCUCUUCGAUCAACUUUACUUGCUCUCAGACGGUGCGUGUGUGUACGAUGGACCAGCAGUCGAAGCUGUGGAAUACUUCUCUUCACUUGGAUAUCAAUGUCCCCCAUUCGUGAGCCCAACCGACUAUUUCAUGCGUCAACUCGUGGUGGUCGACAAGGCGUCGGAUGUAGCUGGAGUCGCUCGUGUUGAGGGCCUAAAAACCGCUUGGGCGACUCGAAGCCACACCGGCGUGUUAACUCCUCUCAAAACGAAUCAAACUACCAUCUACGAAGACGCGAAGCUCGAUGGAUUCAAGAACGACAGACUAGAUCUAAUCGGUCAACUCCGUGUUGUCUUGAGUCGUAAUGUGCUCAGUCUCUUUCGAGACAAGACGCGCUUCCACGCUGAGGUUGGCCAGUCCCUUGUGGUGAGCAUUUUGAUGGGUCUAGUGUAUCUCCAACUCAAGAUGAACCAGCGUGCCAUCCAGAACUUCUCGGGUGCGUUCUUCUACUUCAUGGCGAACGAGAUCUUCGCUGCCGUGGAGAUUCAACUCGCGUCUUUACCGUUAGAGAUCACUAUGGUACGCAGAGAGUACGAAGCCGGACUGUUCCACUUGGCCUCGUGGUAUGUGGCGAGAAACUUGAGCGACCUGCCCAUGCAGAUCUUGCUGCCGUUUACGGUAUUUGUGCCGGCGUAUUUCUUGAUCGGUAUCGGCCACGGCUUCAGUGUCUACUUGUAUCUCCAGAUCAUGAUCAUCUUGACACGCAGUGCUUCGGUUGGUCUGGCCUAUGCUAUUGGAUGCUUCUUCCGUCGUGCUGAUGUCGCCACGAUCAUGGGAAUGCUCAUCUUGCUGCCAAUGCUGCUCUUUGGAGGUCUCAUGGUCAACUCGGACGACACGCCAACAUACUUUGUCUGGAUCAACUACAUUUCUCCGAUAAAAUUCGGGUUCGAUGGGAUGAUGAAGGUUUUCUGGGAUGAAGUGUCCACGAUCCCGUGCAGCGAGGGGACGGAGAACUGCAUCGCACUUUCAGGCCAGCAGGUUCUCGAAAACUACAGUAUCUCGACACGAUCAGUGCUGCUUGACGGUAUACUACUGCUCAUUCUGAACGUUGGCUACAGAGCGUUGGGCUUCCUGACGCUCUGGAUUAACGUGCACAGUCGUAAAUAGCUUAGAUCUCGAUAGACCGAGUUCCACCUAGUUAAACGAUAAUAAAUGAUUGAUAUCCCAUUGUCCUUGAGUCGUUUUUGCUUGGGACGGCGUAAAACGGACGGGAAUUCUUCCUGUUAGCACCG